AUGCUCAUGAGAAUGAACAACCCGUAUCUGGAUGCGACCUUCCUGUACCAGUCGAUGACAAAGAGCGCUACGUUCAAGACCUCAGAGACGCGCAAGGACAAGUCGCGCAGCCGGCUGCCGCGCGCCUUCAUCAACCGCCUCCGCUCCAAGGAUGGAAGCACGACGAGCAGCACCACCAGCGGCAGCAAGGCCGAUUCGCCGUCGCUGUCGGAGCCCGAGCUGAAGAUCAAAUUCAAGAUGGACGGCGACAAGUCGACGACGACGGCCUCGUCUCCACCGUCGUCGCCGCUUAUCGACAGCAGGAGCAAGAGGGAGAAGAAGAAGGAAAACAACAGAAAGGAAAAGGAAAAGAAGGAAAACAACAAGAAGGAGAAGAAGAAUGCGGCGGCGGCGGCGGCAUCUGCGAAGAAGGGAGGAGGAGGCAAGGGCGCCGACAAGGCGAUCGCCGAACUCGAGGCCAAGCUCAAGAAGCGAAAAAAGAAGGGGAAGAAAGCGAAGAAGAGCGAAAGCGAAAGUGAAAGCGACAGCGAUACUGAGAGCGAAGACGGCAGUGACAGCGAAAGCGACGGCAGCGAUAGCGACGACGACAGCCGAGGCUACGCGAAGGGGAAGCUGCGGAUACGCAAGCAACGCUCGAUCUCCAUGAACUCGCUCCUGCAGGACUUCUUCAUCAAGAUGGACCAGCAGGCCCAGGAGCCCGCGCUCUCGCUCGUCGUCACGCCGCCCUCCUCCCGAUCGCCCACUAUCGGCGCCGCGUCGUCCGACUUCGACCGCCAGUACAGCCUGACCGAGUCCGGCAGCGGCGAGUCCAACGUGCUGCUGCUCACCCGCUCGCAGGCGGCCAUGAAGCGCGCGCGCGACGGCGGCAUGAUGGGCGUGUCGCUGCUCGCCACCGACGAGAUCGACACCGAGAGCGACGAUCGGUCGUCGUCGCUCUCGACCAAGCACAGCAGCGGCAGCGGCAGCUUCCCGAUCACGCCCACCCGACGAGGCCUCCACGGUGUGGCGAUGGGCCGGAGCGACGACGGGGUGGUGCUCCCGGGCGGAGGCCACACGGCCGGCCGCGGAUUGGCAUCGUCGGCAUCGGCGGCGGCGCCUGGCAAGGUUGUCGGGCUGGAGGCCGACGACGACAAGGUGAUAUCGCGGCGGCGCAAGAAAACGAAGACGAAGACAAAGAACGAAGGCGAGGAGGAGGAAGACGACGAGGCGGAGGGGUUCUAUGUGGGCACGGGUGUCGACAUGGAGGAAGAAGAUGACGACGGCGAGGACUCGUUUGGGUGUUGGAGCGACGACGCGACCACCAGCGCCACAGCGAAGACGCGGACUGCGGCGAAGGCAGGGGUUGACGCGGCGACCGACCCAAGCACCAACAAUCAAACCGAUCGGGUGGUCGCCGACUCCUCGGGGACCGUGGAGGACCAGGAAGGGACCAACUUCUACGGUGGGUUCGUCGAGAGUGGGAGUGACUCGAGCUCGGACUCGGAUUCGGACAGCGACGACGGCAGCAUCGGCAGCAGCGACAGCGACAGCUCCGGUGAUGAUGAGCAGGCGACAAACUAUGUGACAUCGGGGCAACCGAACGGGUUCGAGGAGGUGCUCGCGACCUUCGCCAAACAGUACCUGCACAUUCUCGAAGAUGGCAAGCAGCUCGCCAAGUCGGACGAGCAGGAGGAGCUGAAGGAGGUGCUCCAGUUGCGCACGCUACAGCAGCUGCAGGAGCUCUCGCUCCAGCUCAUCAAGUCGACGCAGCCCAAGCUCGUCGACCCGCACGCCACGCCGAUGAAGGUCACCCGUUCGGCGCCGGUCGUCCUGGCCGCCUCCGCCUCCGCCUCCACCACCGCCAAGUCGCCCUCGCCCAAGGGCAAGCGCCGGAAGCCGCCCAACACCGGAUACGGCAAGUGCAUGGACUGGAACGGCACAUUCCAGGACAUUCUCUGGGUCAAUGAGGGCGACGACCGCUCCCUCAUCGACCGCUACCACGCGCUCAAGGACCUGGCCCACGACUUCAAUCACGCCGCCCGCACCUACGCCACCAUCAUCAUCGAAGGCGGACGGGCCGGCGGCGAGAAGUAUGUGCACGCGGGCAUCCUGUUCAAGUUUGCUGCGGGUCACGAAUUGAAGGGCUUGAUCAACUUCUACAAGGUUCACCACUUUGGCAUCUGCGUGCCGCUCAUGACCAUCAUCGACUACCGAGGUUUCAGGCUCGUGGCGCAGGCUCUGCUGCCCAUCGGCGAUGACACCCUGGUCUACGGCUCCUCCGACGCCGGAGUCAACGUCCGCACCGACUCUCGGGAGAUAGAAAAGGCGUUGGCGGCCGCGUGCUACGAAUUGAAUUUGGCCAAGCACGCGGUGUACCCCAAGCACGGCCCGCCCGUUGCCAUGUACGGGCCGGGCGACAUGGAGGGACACUUCGGGCUCGACGGUCGCUUCUAUUUGAUCGAUUUCGCUCGAGUCUUUCCGCCGGAGACCCCCGAAUCGGGGACCAAGGGCGCAUUUUUGUACAGACUGCUCCGGCCCGAGUUGGUAGUGCGCAACGGGGUGGCGCUCUCUUCGGACUCGUUUUCGCGCUUCGGCGGACCCACCAUGGACCUGCGCGAGCCGCACGACACCAACACCAAGAACGCCACCGACGUUCUUGUCGAAGUGGUAACGAGGGAUGUGCAAGCAGAGCUGGUACCGCAGUUUGCCCAGUGGCUCGACAAGCAGUACAACCGCGCAUUUCCGGACUACGUACAUCGAUCGUCGUCGUCGUUCGGCGAAUUCCUCCUGCCGGGCAGCAGCUCCAUCGCCUCGCCCAGCGGGGACGACACCAUCGGCAGCCCGGAGUCGGCCGAGGACGGACUAGAGACCUCGGGCUCGUUCUUCAGUGUCAUGGAUUCGGACAGGCUGCCGGGCCUGGGUGACAUGGACGACUGGGCGUCGCCCAUCAUUCAGGAGCUGCACCGCAUGGGCAUCAACGUGCGAUAUCUGGGCCUGGCUCGUAGCAGGUGCACGCAUGAGGUGGCCAAGAUGGUGCUGCUCUCAGAGAUGGUGUGCCGUGUGGUGAAGAACCUGCUCCGCGAACGUCUGCGCGAGCGCAUGCGCGCCCUGCGCACCAUGGCCGAGGAGCCCUACAAGGAGGUGAUCUUGGAGCUGUUCAACCUUUUGCUCGGUGAUCCAACCGUUGCGGCCGAGCGCUGGUGGACGUACGACAUCAAGACAGAGAUUUCUAAGCGCUUCAAGCAUGCGCUCACGGUUGAGGAGCUCGAACCCACUUACGACCUGCGACGUUCGGCGCUGGUCCCGUACCCCGCGCUCUUUGUCCGCCUGCAGCUCCAGACCGCCGUCCGGCUCACGCCAGAAGCCAUCAACGACCUAAAGAAUGGGGAGCUGACGUCGCUGGUGUCGGCCGACAUUCGGGGCCAGGGCGUGAACGGUAAAGACAUGAACAUCGUCUCCACGGCCGAGGCCAUCGCCCUGGCCAUCCGGUGCCUCGACGGGGCCACGUCGGCGCGCGAGGCCGACCGUCUCCUGCGCCUGGCGAUCCGCAAAUUCGAGAAGGCCAUCGGCCGCAUGCCCGGCGACAUGGAGCUCAUCAACUACUACGCCAAUUUCCUCUUCCGCAAGGUAUCGACGUUUGUGCAUCACGGCAUGGGCGCGUCGGGGCCGUCGCCGGGCUCGCGCCGCACGACGCGCGGACGGCGUCGCAAGAGCCGGGUGGCCAGCGACGAGUUCGCGACAUGGGCCGAGGACAAGUGGGACGGCGGCGGCGGCGACGGCGGACCCGACGACUUUGGCGACUUUGACGACGAGAACCACUACUGGGAGGAGCGCCGGGCGAGCAGCAACAGCUCCGCCGCCGCUGCCGCCGCGGGACCGACCCAACAUGCCAGCAGCACGAACUCGAACGCCAACGCCAAUGCGUUUGUGGGCCUCACGAGCGGACCCAACCCGCUGGACCUGAGCGGUCACAAGCUCAAGCUCCACCGCAGCGGCAGCAACAACAUCAGCGGCACCGGCGGCGUCAACGAAGAUGACGUGGCAUCGCCCGCGACAGCCACAACGACUACGACCACCACCAACGUGAACGCGGCGGCGGCCAAGUGGGCCGAGAGCCUGCGGUGGCACAUCACGCUGCUCUCGAAGAUGCUCAAGCUCUUCAAGACCUGCGAGAACUUCGUGAUGCUCAACAUCCUGGCCGACCUCUGCAAGCAGUUCGCCACCAAUCUUCAGCAGAUGGACCGCGACCUCAAGCGCGCCUACGCCCGCAAGCUCCGCUGCUUCGCCGCGGCCAAGCAGAAGGCCCACCAGUCGCUGGCCACCAGCGCGCCCGCCGGGUUCGGCGGUGGCGGCGGCCAAAGCCAGUCGACAAGCAAUCUCAGCAGCAGCGCCUCGCCGUCAAAACACCACCACCACGGCAGCGGGGUGGGCAAGUCGCAGCUGACGGGCAGUCUGCCGGGGCUGUCGCUGCCCCUCGCGGGCGGCCACGCGUCGCACGCGUCGGCGCUGGUCUACGAGCGCAGCCUGCGGCGCAACGAGGUCCUGGUCGAGCGCGAGCGCGACCGGCGGCGCGACCUGCUCCACUCCUACCAGCUCCAGGCGCUCUAUCUGACCAACGAGUGCUACACCGCGAUCACGGUCAUCGAGUCGGCCCCGCUGCUCGAUUUCGUGCAGUCGACCAUGGGCGGCGGCGGCGGCGGCGGCCUGACCGCGCUGCGCCCGCAGAAGACCACGUCGGCGCCGUCGCUGCGACCCUCAUCGAUGCCGAUGCCGCUGUCGCUCACCACCUCGGCCACCCUGCCCACCCUCACGGCCCGGCCCGCCUCGCACAUGUCCGCAGCGUCGACAGCCGAUCGUGUCUACGGUGCUGCCACGUCAGCAGCACAGAUGAUGACGUCAGCAGGCAGCUCGGACGAGUACCACAUCAUGAAGGAGAAGCGGUCGUCCAUCGGCAUGCACAUCUACCCGCACCGGUCGGCCUCGUUCAUCGGCAAGAAGAUGAUGCCCUUCGUCUACUUCCGCUGGGCCGAGCUGCUCUACCUGCGCGCCCACAUUCUCGAGAAGAAGACGCGGCUCGAGAAGCAGAUCCGCCUCAAUGAAGUCGCCGAAGGGUUGCGGAGCGAGGAGGACGAGGCCCGGUGGGAGAAGGAGAAGCGGGAGGAGGUCGAGUACCUGCGCUACUACUCGGGCAAGCGCUACCGCGACGCCUUCCAGCUCCUCGACAACACCGAGUCGCGCAACAUCGUCCAGCGAAACGACGACGAGCCCAAGUCGCUGGUCGAAUCGAACGGCGCGCGGACGGCGAGCGGCGAGAAGAAGGACGCGCGGCGGUGGGUGAUGUCGGCCUAUCCGACCAACGCGGUCAAGGAGAACAUUGCCCUGGCGUCAAUCAUGGAGCUCUACCGAUGCAAUCUCGAGAAGCACGGCCGCUGGGGCGCGCUGAGCGGCCGACGCAGCGAAGAGGACCCCGGCGCCAACAGCAAAGAGCGAAGAAGCGGGAGCGACGCAAAGAAAGAAGACGAUAAUGAAAGCGGCGGAGGCGGCGGGGAGCCGCAGGAAAAAAGAGCAAAGACGAAGAAAGAAAAGAAAGAAGCGAAGAUGGAAAGUGGAGGAAGCGCCAAGAAAAAGAAGAAGCACGGCAAGAAGAGGGGCGAAGAGGCCGAGAAGAACGAAAAGAACGAAGCGGCGGAGGUGGUGGUCGAGUCAGACCGGGCUCGGCGGCGGCGCGAGCGGGAGGAGGCCGAGAAGGCGCUGCUCAUGCAGGAGAUGAAGAAGGCCAAGGACGUCGCCCGGAACAAGAACAAGAUCCAGCGGCCCGACGACGACGACGACGACGACACGGGCGACGCGCGCAAGCUUCGCAUUGUUGUCGACGAGGACGUGCUCAAGGACGAGCCCACCACCACCAUCGCUGCGUCGGCCGAGGACACCACCACGAAAAAGAACGAAAAAAGCGGCGGCGGACGAAAAGCGAAAACGAAAGCGAAGGAGGGGGGCAGCCACGGCGGCGGCAAGUCAUCGCCAGCCGAGGCCGCCAAGGCCAGUGGUGGUGACAAGGAGAAGGACGUCAACCGGCACUACGGGCGGGCGCGCCAGGCGCCCAAGAAGGCCCCCAGCAUCUCGGCCCAGCUGCGCAGCCAGAAGCUCAAGACCUUCGACGACGACUGGCUCCCGGCCGAGUGCCUGAGCGACGACCUCUUCCUGAGCGUCGUCAAGAACUGCCCCGUGCAGGAGGUCAUUCUCGGCGCCGACGCCGCGCGCCGCACGCACAAGGACUCGGUGAUGACGAUGCUCUCGACGUCGCGCGAAACCAACCUUUCGGGCGCGGCCGCGACCAAGGGCGGCAAGCGGCGCGGGGGCAGCCCCAGCUCGGAGAAUCUGUACAUCGAGCGCCGCGAGCGACGCAGCGUGCAGGUCCUGGGCGUCGACGACAUCGACAUCGGUCGACACUCUUCGAACCAUCACAUGUCGACACGUGACGGAGGCGGAGGCGUCGCGACGUCGUUUGCGUCGACACGGCGCGUGCUGACCUCGCCCUUUGCGUCGUCGUCGUCGGCCACCCUGCCGGCGCCGGGCUCCUUCGCCACGCGCUCGUUCUCGUCGUCGGCCUCGGCGCCGCGCGGCAGCGGCAUCGGCGGCGGCGGCUCGGCCUCCGCCCCGCCGGCCAUCUCCGUCGACGCCCUCCAGAAGGCCGCCGCCUCGGGCAGCUUCAACGAGCUCACCCACCUCACCCUCAAACGCUACGAGGAGAUUACGGACGCGCAGCUGGAGUCGAUUCUGCGCAUCCAGUAUACGACGCUGACGUCGCUCCGGCUCGAGAGCUGCCCGCAGCUGUCGGACAAGACCCUGCAGCACCUGGCCUCGUCCCUGUUCGGCCCGCAGCUGCGCCACCUCUCCUUCAAGAACUGCCCGCGCAUCACCAACCGCGGCGUGCUCGACCUGGUCAAGACCACCACCAGCCUCGUCUCGCUCUGCCUCGACGGCUGCGAAAAGAUCUCCAACAAGCCCAUCAUCUACCUCGCCAAAGGUUGUCCGAGCCUGCGGCACUUGUCGCUGAUGGGGUGCAAGAAGAUAUCGGACAAGUCCAUUACUGAAAUCGCCAACCACACCACCAACCUCGCCUCGCUCCGCGUCUCCUCCGAACGCGUCACCGACGCUUCGCUGGUUCUGAUGGGCAAGAAGCUGCCACAGCUGUACUCUCUCACGAUGGCCAACUGCAACAUCACCAACGAGGGGCUGCAAGCUGUGUGCUGGGGCGUGGCAGCGUCGCAGCUGACGCACCUGUGCUUCGUCGAGUGUGACAAGAUCGGGGGCAAGGAGCAGCUCCUCUUCAACGUGGUGCAUCGGUGCCCCAACCUGCUCUACCUCCACGUCAAGAAGCCCUCUCCGCCCGUCGGGAAGAAAUGA